CUCUGACAUGAGGCUUCCUCCUAUCGAACCUAUGGAUGUGAGAUUUCUGUUUACCGCUGUCCCCCACAGCUCGUCAUUUGUCAUAGCCAACUAUCCACAUGCCCUCGCUGCUAGAUGCAGCUGAGGAAAGUCGCAAGUUAUCGGAAGACGUCGGGGAGGCCAACGAAACCUCUAUGAUCCCCCGAAUUCCCUCGGGCAGUACUCACUCGCGUCGCACGGGCGUUCAACAUAGAGCAGACGGGGUCAAUGAUGUGGGUUACUGUCGUUCUAUAGGCAGCAGAACGUCUGCUAUAAAUCUCUUUUCCUCAGGAGGUCUGCACCAUGAGGAUGGAAAUGCGAACGAGGUCCAUGGUCAAUCUCACGGCACAGAACUCGCUACAAACGAUGUGAGAGAGUACCUUCCCUUGGACUCCUCGUCCUUGCUAGAUCAUCCAGCCACGAGCCAGCCAGUGGAGGCAGAGAAAGAGCGACGGGGUGCUGAUUUUCAGAGUCAUUUUUUCCAAACGGAAAGGGAAGAGCCAAACUUCAUGCCAGAACCUGCAGCUGGAGACAACCCUCCGUCGCCAAGCUCGGGCCUCAAGACUCGGGAAACAAGCCUGAUGUUCACAUUCUUUUGGCGACGUAAACACUCACAAAGGGCCCAGGAGAGCGAGCAAGUCUCGUCAGAGAUCGUGUACACUGCGCGUGAUAAGAGACCUUUGGUUGUCGCAAAUCGAAACAGGGACGCACGCGCACAAGAACGAAGCAACGUAGACACAACAUUAGACCGGUGCGACACUACUUGGACCGCGACAUCCAGCUCACCGUCUGUCGCUGAUGGGGGAAACGCGCAGGGAAUCGAUGCUGAACACCAUGGCUGUUGUUACGUGUGCUGCUUCAAAGUGCGUUGAUUCAAUGAAGUUCACAUGGGGAUGAUGAUCAGGUAUUAUAAUCCCAUCUGGACUUGACGCCCUUACGAACAAGGUCAACGUUAUACUUCAUGCAUCUUCAUGAUGGUUCAUGAUGCGUUCAGAUCUAUUUCCAUUGUCGAUCUGUCGGGUCUUGCUCUCGUUACCCAUGAUCCGUGCUGUCUACAAUCACAUCCCCGAUGUAUCUAUACUGAGCCUUUUGUAGAGCAAGUAGGUACUCGUGGCUACAAGAUUGUGAUAUCACGUUUUGCCGAAUUCCCAUUCUAAACACAUGUACCCAUGCUCAGGGUGUCCAUCAAGUGCUUCGAGCGCAACAGUCAGAUGUUUGCUGCUAUAAUGUAAAAUA